UGAUGAAUUCAAAAAUGUUUCUGUUUCCUACCCUGCUUCUAGCACUUUUCAGACUUGCCUUCCAUGACUGUGUUGGUGGUUGUGAUGGUUGUCUCAAUGUAAAUGAUGCAGAUAAUGCUGGAUUUAACGACCUAAUGGAAGCUCUGGAGAAAGUGUAUCAAGCCAAGAAACUUGGAGAUAUUAUUUCCAGGGCGGACUUUUGGGUGUAUGGUAGCAUCUAUGCCAUUGAGAAAACAGUAGAACUUGCAAACGAAAAUUGUUUCACCAAUGAUUGCCAUGUUCCAAAACCAAACUUGAAGUUCCAGUAUGGCCGUAUUGACUGUCCAUCUUCACCCUACAGUGAGGAGCAUCUACUUUACCCUAGUCCUAACUUUGAUUAUCAAGGUGUUGUUAGCUAUUUUGAAAAUGAGUUUGGAUUCACAGCAAAUGAGACUGUUGCACUGAUGGGAGUUCAUACAUUAGGAAAAGCUUCAAGAAACAAUUCAGGAUUUAUGGGUAAGUGGGUUGAGAAUGAGGAAUCUAUGUUCAGUAAUUCCUACUACAAGCUACUCAAAGAUGCCAUGUGGUUUCAAGUGAACCUAACCCCGGAUGAAGAAGCGCACUUUCAAUGGAACGCUCCCCGGAAAGGCUUUAUGCUGAACUCGGAUAUGGCAAUAUACAAGGAUAUGAAACUGAAUGAGGCUGGCGAGAGUUCGUGUAAUUAUACUACCUGUCCUCUAUCUCAGGGGGCCAGCCUGGUUCAAAUAUAUUCAGACAGUAACGCUGUGUGGAUUGAAGAUUUUGCUGCUGUUUAUUCCAAAAUGAUUUCACACGGAGAUUUUACUCUAUCCAACCUUGUGGAAGAUCCAAGCAGCUCUGAGGAUAAAAGUCCCACAGAUAAACCAAGGGUACCUAAAAGUACCACAAAAGAGAACGCUACAGUGUCUUCUACUAGCUCUUCUAGUUCAUCAGCUCGGCAUUUCUUUAUUACUUACACCCUUUUAGUAGCCCUCUUUAUUAUCAAUUAUGUAUAAAAUGUAGAUUAUUUAUUUUAAACGAUGCUAAUUUAUUCAACUUAGAUUUAAAUUAAAAUAAAUAAAUUCAAUGUACACG